AUGCAAUAUCAGAUUCAAUAAAUUCGUUAACAUAUCAGCUCUAUCGAUCGCAAAUUCCACCCUGUUCCAGCAUUUGUUGUCACUAGGCCUUUGUUUGCUUGUCGAUCCCUUUCUCCUUCCUUCUACAGAUUAAGCUCCAAGACUACAAUUAGCCCACUCUCUUACUCUUUAGUGAAAAUGAAUCCUACACCAAUAAGGGAGAAUAAGUAUACUUUUAGAGGCACAGAUUGUCCUCCAAGCAGGGAAACUCCCAUCAGUGACUUAAAUGACAUAAAAUUAACUAAAGUGAAUUCAACACAUGAAAAAAUAAUGAGUGAAUCAUAAGAACGGUUCUAUCAAAAGAAGAGGCAAUCUAACAUAAAUAAUAACAGUACAGAAAGGGUGUCACAUUAAAAUUAAUCGCCUUAGCAAUUUAAAAUAUUGGAUAUGCCCAAGGAGUUGAAAAAAGAAUAAUAACUAUUUCCUUAGGAAAACUCUAAACAAAAUUAGAAUUCUAAAAAUAAGGAAGGUCAUAUUCAUAAAAAUGAGUAAUUACAAUAGUAUUGUGAAUAACAAACAUCUAAAGAAGUUUUCAAUAUUUAUAAUCAGAAAUAAGAUAAAUAGAAAAUAUCAAGUAAUCAAGAUAAAAAUGAUAUUGAAUAAGAAAUAAAAGAGUUGCCUGAAGUAUCAUACCGAAAUGAAGCCUAAUAGUAAUAAUAAUCUGGAAUAAAAUUAUGGGCAUGUAAUCCAAAUGAUUCUUAAAGAAAUAGUGCUGGUGGAAAGAGUAAUCAAAAAAGGAGUUCUAGGAAAAGCCCACUUAAAACUCCAAAAUCACCAAAAAAAUAACACAUUAUUUAUUACAACUAGAUCUUUUUAUAUAAACCUAGAGAGAAUAAUAAGUAAAAUAGCUCAAAGCUCUCUUACAAUUCUUCAUCAAAAUAUAUUAGUCCUAGAAGGCAAAGUAAAUAAAUUUCAUACAUUCUUACAACCCCAAGUAAAAGAAACACAAGAGCACCAUAAUAAUCAAAUGAAGAUGAAGAAAUCGAAAUCAUAAAUUUAGCUCCUGAAUUUUCUAAAUUAAUUUGA